CUCGGAGAAGCGGAGUGGUGGUCAUGCCGGCGACUGCAGGUUUCCACGAUCCACACGAUCGCACAUCGUUUUCGUGUCAGCUGUUACAACUAUCGUGUUCCACCCAUCAUUUUUAUACGGGCGAAGAAUCCCGGCAGUAUGUAGAUAAUCUGCUAAAACAAGAACAAUGGGUGCUGGAGAGAAACAACCGGGGGCACCAAAUCUGCCGCCCCCAAAGAAGCGGGUGCAGUUGGAACGGACGUCAAGUUUGCAAGAGGUGGCGUCACCGAUGCCAAAGAAGCCGAACCGGAGAACGGCGACGUCACUGUUGCUGACGCGUUGGAUAGGAGGAGGUCACGAUCGCUCCUCCCUGGUGAAAGAGCAAGCGACCAUCGAGGAUGGUUGGGCACCAGAAGAACACUGCAUGGAUUUUGGAACACCGCCGCCGGUGGAGGAGCCGCACUGCUACUCGAUAUGCUUGAGCGAAAGCUCCUUCAAUGAGGAGUCAAGCUGCGCCAUAACGAUCUGCAGGGAGACCGUGAAGGGCAUCCUCACCGAGCACAUGCGCGGCGUCGGGGGGCGUCUUCAGCUCCUUGAGGACCUAGAGUCGGGCCGUAUAACCGUCGAGAGCAUCGGUAGCGUCCUUGAAGGCUGCAAGGCGGCGGAAACCGAAGCUCUCUUCCUCUUCGCGAGUUUCCUUGGCCACGCGGAGCUCCUUCCAAGUUUCCUGGAGGCUAGAGUUGACGUAAACCACGCGGAACCAGAGCAGGGAUUGACGGCCCUGCACCUCUGCGCGUUCAGCAACUCCUUGGCGGGUGUGAAGUUUCUUAUAAAGAAGGGGGCUCGCGUUAAUUCCCGAAAAGUCUACACGCCCUUCCAGUACGCGGCCCUUGGAAACUCCUACGACGUGGCGAGGUUCUUCCUGGCCGAGGGUGUGGCCCAGGACGUGCCGACCGGUGAUGACUCGGUCCUCCACUGUGCGGCCAGGAGCAGUGCACUCGAGGUCAUGCGGCUCGUUGCUCCCGGAAAUCCUGCCCUCGACACCCUGGACUCUGCGGGCCUCGCGCCCAUCCACUACGUCACCGAUCGCGACCACCCUGGCUGUCUUGCGGAGCUUCUGCAGGCCGGCUGCCACGUUGAUGUGACAACCAGGAAGGGCGACUCGGCCCUCCACCUCGCGGCCGAGGCCGGCUGCGCUGAGAAUCUCGAAAUUCUUUUGGAUAACGGGGCCGAUCCCACCUUGAAGAACCAUCGUGCCCAGACUGCGCUCCACCUGGCGGCAAGAGCACAUUCCCUCGAGAGCGUCAAGGUUCUGCUCAAGAAAGGCGGCAGUGACCCCAACGCCGAGGACCACGACGGACGCACUUCGCUCCACGUCGCCCUCGGCAGAUCCACCCUCGCCUUCGACGUUUCGGAGUUCCUCGUCACCUGGAAGGCGGAUGUUAACAAGGCCGACAAGUACGGAUACACGCCGCUCCAUGUUGCCGCUAUUAACGAGCUCUCACAGUGCGUCGACAUCCUCAUACUCCACGGCGCUGACCUCAGCGCCAAGACCAAGGGCGGGACGACCGCGCUUUCCAUAAUACUCCGGAAGACACCAACGUCUCUCAACGUCUUCAAGGAGAAACUCGACGGCUCGAUCGCUCUCCGUCAGCAUGGAUCUGCCACCGGGGAGGUCGAGCUUAGGCUCGACUUUCACCCGCUCCUCCAGCACGAUCGGCAGAGUGAGAUCGGCUACCUGGACACCUUCAUCACGGAGGGGUACAAGGAGAUCCUCGAGCAUCCGCUUUGCCAAUCCUUCCUUCACCUCAAGUGGCAGAAGAUCAGGAAGUAUUACGUCGGCAGGCUGCUCUUCUACCUCCUCUACGUUCUCGUCGUGACCGCCUGGGUGAUGACUGCACUUGCUCAUAACUGCUACAACGAGAGUCAGGGGAUAUUCGAGGAGGGCCAACAGCCCAGUAACAACACCACCACUAGUACCCUGAACGAUAUCUUGUACCGGAACCCGGUCGUCAUGGACGUCGCCUGGUACGCCUUGACGAUACUCACCGUGCUGGAAGUGUUACGGAAGGUCACAGGGAUCCCGACCUUCCCCUCAGCUCGGCAGUUCUUCACCCAAGUCGACAAUCUCGUCGAGUGGUGUGUCGUCAUCAGCGUCUUCGCCAGCUCGUUCGUAUUCACUGGGACAACUUACAGCUGGCAGAACCACAUCGGCGCUUACGCCGUCCUUUGCGGAUGGACAAACCUGAUGCUGAUGAUCGGGCAACUCCCGAUGUUCGGUGCCUACGUCGCCAUGUUCACCAGCAUUCAGGCCCAGGUCAUAAAGCUCCUCAUGGCCUACGCCUGUUUGUUAAUCGGCUUCACCGCCAGCUUCUGCGUUAUGUUUCCUCACUCGAAAGCGUUCAGAAGUCCUCACACCGGGCUGAUCAAGGUACUCGUGAUGAUGACGGGUGAGGUCGACUUCGAGAGCCUGUUCUUUCCUAAAGAGGACGACUUCGAGAGCGUGGCUGACUAUGAGUCCAAGGACUCGUCUUGGGUCCUUCUGCAAAUUUCGGCUCAGCUCUGCUUUUUGCUCUUCCUCCUCUUCGUCACGAUAGUGUUGAUGAAUCUGCUCGUCGGUAUCGCCGUGGACGACAUCAAGGGCCUCCAGAAGACAGCCGGUCUCGCCAAGCUCGUCAGACAGACGAAGCUCAUCUGCGAGGUGGAGACCGCACUUUUCCUCGGUCUUCUGCCUCGGCGACUCAUCAGAAUGCUAAAGUGGACGGCCCUCGUUCUCCCCCCAUCCCUCAGGGUCGUUCUUACUGUUCGCCCUCUCAAUCCCAGGGAGAAGAGACUUCCGCCCGACGUCCUUGCCUCCGCUUACAGGAUAGCAAGAGACCGGAAGUCCACGACGACUGUCGGAACUCUUCGCAGCAGAACGAGUUGCAGUACUGCUUACACUUACGUGAAGAGCGAUGGUUACUCGACGCUAAGACGCGAUGUUCACAUCGAAGAUGACGAGGACGACGCGGUCGGCAGGGCGUCAAGUGAGCCCGAAACUAUUCAAAGAUCGGAGGGUGGCAUCGGUCAGUUGAGGGAUGAAAUUCGUGAGCUCAGAAAAAUAUGUGACCAGAAUCAGAAGCUCAUUCAAGAUUUGGUAGUCGCCAUGGCUAUGGAUUCCAGAAACGGUGCAGAAAGCGUGUGAAGCUGAGAUCACUGACUUCGUGAUGUAUGAUUCAUAAUGACAUCAUGUGAGGUCAACUUUACAGUGGGUGAUAAAAAUGUGCGGAAAAGACUUUACUUUCCACGUACUACUAUUUGAAAUAUUACUACUAUCAUUGUUAACAACUCCGUCUAGAGGAUGUUUGCAUCGUAUUGUGAUUCGAAACUGAUUGGUUCGACUGUGCUGAGAUGGAAACCAAUUUUACAAAUUUAUUUGAUCAUUUUACAAUGAACUUAAUGAACUUGAUCGUCUAAAACCAGCGUUUUUUAUACUCGAAAGA